AUGACUCUCUCAGAAGCAUCUACUCGAGAUGAUACUAGUGAUAAGAAUGCCGACGUACGCAUUCUACUUAUCGGUGAACCUGGCGUUGGUAAGACAUCUCUGAUAAUGUCGCUACUUGAAGAUGAAUUCUGCGCAAACGUACCCUCUCGGAUUGAUAAUAUCAUGAUUCCAGCUGAUGUUACACCUGAAGGUGUUGUUACAUCAAUUCAUGAUUAUUGUGCUAGUGAGCAAACUGAAGAAGAGCUUAAAAUAGAAAUUGCAUCAGCGAACGUCAUAUGUCUCGUUUAUGCUGUAGACGAUCAUCAGUCGAUUGAAAAAGCAACAAAUAUCUGGUUACCUCUGAUCAAGCAAGUCAAAGCUUAUGAAAGUAACAGCUGCCCAAUUAUUUUUGUUGGGAACAAAUCAGAUGGAGCUGGGCCAUCUAAGCAUAUAGAAAAGGUGCUUCCAAUAAUGAAUGAAUACGAUGAAAUAGAAACAUGCGUGGAAUGUUCAGCAAAAACGAUGAAAAAUAUUAGCGAGAUAUUUUAUUAUGCCCAAAAAGCGGUUAUUUAUCCCACUCGUCAAUUAUACAUAUCAGAAGAUAAGGAGUUAACAAGGAAGUGUAAAAAGGCUCUGAUACGGAUUUUCAAAUUAUGCGAUUUCGACAAUGAUGGCCUUUUAAAUGAUAUUGAGUUGAAUCAGUUCCAGUUGUUUGUUUUUGGAGUCCCGCUUACAGCAUCUGCCGUUUCGGAUGUGAAAACAGCUGUACGACUAAAUACGAAGGAUGGUGUUAUCGAUGACGCCAUUGCUCUCCCGGGCUUUAUUUAUCUUCACCAGCUUUUUAUUCAUCGUGGUCGACAUGAGACAACAUGGAGGGUGUUGAGGCGAUUCGGAUAUGACAAUGAACUAGAACUUGCAGCUGAUUAUAUACAGCCUGUGUUGAAGGUACCUAAGGGUAGCUCUACGGAAUUGACUGAGGAAGGCUUUCAGUUCAUCACUGCAUUGUUUAAAAAAUUUGACGAGGAUAAGGAUGGCUGUUUAUCUCCUGUGGAACUACAGAAUCUGUUCAGUGUUUGUUCACCGCAGGUGUGGAGCAAAGAAGCUAAUUCUGCUGUUGAGACUAAUCACAAGGGAUGGCUAACUUACAAUGGAUUUGUGGCUUACUGGAUUUUGACAACAUUCUUGAAUGUUUCGUUGACGAUGGAAUUGUUGGCUUAUCUUGGUUUCAGUUUACAGCACGAAUCUCAACUAGAUGCUAUUAAGGUAACUCGCGAGAGGCGAAUUGAUAUUGCUGAACGAUUCACAACAAGAGCGGUAUUUCAAUGUCAUGUUAUUGGUCCCAAAGGUGCUGGCAAAACGAUUUUUUUACAGUCCUUCGCUGGUCGUAAUCUGAUGGAUGUGGCGGCAAUGGGAAAAAAGUCGAUUUCACCCUAUGUAUUGAACAGUGUAAAAGUAAAACAAAGUACGAAGUAUCUCUUGCUUCAUGAAGUUGAUGUACUUUCACCUGAUGAGGCGCUCACAACCUAUGAGAAAAGUGCUGAUGUUAUUGUCCUCUUAUAUGAUAUUACUAACCCUGAUUCAUUUGCGUAUUGUGCGUCUGUUUAUUUGAAAUAUUUCUAUCGUACAAAAGUGCCAUGUGUAAUUGUGGCCACAAGAUCGGAGUUAUAUGAAGUGGAACAAAAAUAUGAACAGCAACCAAGUGAUUUUUGUCGUGCACACUCGUUACCUCAACCUCUCCGUUUUCGAGUUAAUGAUACUGGCAAAACUGAUAAUCCCAUUUUUUUACAGCUAGCUAUGAUGGCUGUUUAUCCACAUCUUAAACGAGUGUACUAUCUCCAAGAUUCAUAUUUGUUGUCCACAAUUACUGUUGGUGCUGCAAUAGCUGCUUUAGCAGGAUUUUUACUCUACAGAAAUUUAUGA